UUCGCAAAGCUUAAGGACACCUCAGGCUCUGCACCCCUUUCCCGCAAGAAGCCGCCCAUCCAUCGAUCACCUCACCACAAACAGCCAGCUCCAUCCAACACUCCGUGUCGACGGCCAUGGCGCAAGGACAAGAAGCACGGGCCACGAGGGAGGCCGUGCCUCCAGUAUCCCGUGUGGCCAUCAUCGGCGGCGGGAUCAGCGGCCUAGCCGCGGCGAAGCAGAUGGCAGCCUACGACCCCGUGGUGUUCGAGUCCACGCCGUCCGUCGGCGGGGUAUGGAAGCACUGCGUGUAUCGUACCACGCGGCUCCAGACGCCGCGCCCGGACUAUGAGUUCUCCGACUACUCCUGGAAGAACCGCGACGACCCGUCGUUCCCGACCCACACCGAGAUCGUCGACUACCUGGAGGGCUACGCCGACGAGUUCGACCUCUGGCGCUACAUCUCGUUCGGGUCCAAGGUGGUGGACAUCAAGUUCCUCGGCGGCGCCGAGGCCGGGUUCACCGAGCUGUGGAGCGGCACCGGUAAGGCUCCGCUCCGGGGCAAGCCCAUGUGGGAGGUCGGCGUCGUCACCGGCGACUCCAACAUCGUUCAGUAUUACAAGUUCGAGUUCGUGGUGAUGUGCACGGGGAAGUACGGCGACGUGCCGCGGAUGCCGGUGUUCCCGCCGGGGAAGGGGCCGGAGGUGUUCAAGGGGACGGUCAUGCACUCGCUAGACUACUGCAAGCUGAGCGAGGAGGAGACCGUUGAGCUGAUGCGAGGCAAGAAGGCGGUGGUGGUUGGGUACAAGAAGAGUGCUAUCGAUCUAGCCAACGAAUGUGCUCAGGCAAACCAAGGCGAGGGAGGGCAGGCGUGCACGAUGCUGGUGCGGACCCUGCACUGGGUAGUGCCAUCCUACUCCAUCUGGGGCUUGCCAUUCUUCAUGUUCUAUUCCACACGCUUCUCUCAGCUCUUCUAUGAGCGGCCCAACCAGGGCUUCUUCAGAUCCCUCCUCUGCCGCCUCAUGAGUCCACUGCGGGCAGGGGUGUCGAAGUUCAUCGAGUCGUACCUGUCGUGGAAGCUGCCGCUGGGGAAGUACGGUCUGACGCCGGACCACCCCUUCGUCGAGGACUACGCCAGCUGCCAGAUGGCCAUCCUCCCGGAGGGCUUCUUCGACAUGGCGGACCGCGGCCUCGUCCGCUUCAAGAGGGCCUCCGCCGGGUGGUGCUUCUCAGAGAACGGCGUGGUCCUCGACGACGGCACCAAGGUGGAGGCGGACCUCGUCUUCCUCGCCACCGGCUUCGAGGGCAAGGACAAGCUCCGCGAGGUCCUGCCAAAGCCCUUCCGCGACCUCGUCGUCGGCAAGUCUUCCAUGAUGCCGCUCUACCGUGGCACGAUCCACCCGCUGAUCCCGAACAUGGCGUUCGUGGGGUUCGUGGAGAGCGUGUCGAACCUGCACACGUCGGAGCUGCGGUGCCGGUGGCUGUCGGGGCUGCUGGAGGGGAGGUUCGAGCUGCCGACCGUGAAGGCCAUGAUGGGGCACGUCGCCGGCGAGGCCGACGCCAUGCGCCGCACCACGCGGUUCUACCGCCGCCACUGCAUCUCCACCUACAGCAUCCACGACAGCGACGGCAUGUGCGCCGACCUGGGCUCCGCCACGCUCCGCAAGGCCAACUGGAUCGCCGAGCUCUUCGCGCCAUACAACAACAAGGACUACAAGGAACAGUAACUCAUACCGCAGUGUAUGAUUCAUCCUCUACGUCCCAUGUAGCUCUUUUGUCCAUGUAACAAUCGGAUCUAUAUAUGAGCAUGCAAUAAAAUAGAUAUAUGUGCCCUCCUCAUGUUCCAUUCAAUGAAGAAAGGAACCACCAAA